GAGGUGGUGCCUCUGUGGUUCGGCUGGUGGUGGUCCACUUGAGUGCCGACGCCGCUCGAGUGCGGAGCAGCACAGCCGCGCACCCCGUCGGGUCCCGUUGGCGGGCGGACUCCUCCGUCCAGUGCCCAUGCUGCUACGCUACCGGACCUUCUGCUUGAUUCUCUGGCGUCUCGGCUUUCACGGCGCCGUCGGCUCGUCGUCCUCGUCCUCCUCCUCGUGCUGCGCCCACAGACACAGCGUCCCGCGCCGCGACGUCCAAAUGGUGGCGCCGCAGGUAACGCGCAUCACGAACAGAGGCCAGCUGUUUGAAGGCGAGUCCGUGGAGCUGGAGUGCAUCACAUCCGGUUCGCGUCCGCCGGCUGAAAUUAGCUGGCAGCUGGACGGUGAGCUUCUCUCCGAUGCCUACCUCUUUGUCUCACCCGACGAGAACUCGACCACGUCGGCGGUGAGCUUCACACCCCGGCGGGAACACGAUGGAAAGCUGCUGACGUGCGAGGCAUCCAACCCGCUGCUCGAGAACAGCUCACUGCUCGACGAGUGGAGGCUCGUCGUCUAUUACAAGCCAGAAGUGUACCUGCGCGUGGUGUCCUCAUGCGGGAGGUCGCAGGUGGGCUCGUUUGCCGUGCACUUGCGCUGCGAGGCAAAGGCGAACCCGCGGGUGAGCCGGUUCACGUGGAAACUGAACGGGAGGACAGUGGACUACCAGCGUCCCGUCCGCGAGGGGGACCCUUCCAGGCGCCUUUCGCGCACUUCGCUCAAGACCAACCUGACUGGAUCGUUCUUGUGCACCGCGGAGAACAGUGAAGGCCUAACAGACAGCGACGCACUCCUGCUGCCACAAUGUUCUCUGGCAUCGCACUGGGCGUACUGGCCUUGGAUACAUUUGUGCCUGCUCAGCCUAAUAAAUACAGCAGCAUGAUGUAGAGCUCAAGACCAACUAGAAACACCUCACGAGAAACAAGGCGUUAACAAAAAUGCCGGAGUUAUAGAAUGUGCCAAGCUUGAAUAUUUGUUUUGAAUGGCUCUUUGUGAUAAACAGUUGCACGUAGUAAUUGGAGGCAGCCAACACAUAGAUGUUAGAAAGCAGUUGUGGUUAUGGUUUUGUUGUUUGAUUAUGCUCAUAAGUACGUGUUCUCAGCUACUCACUUUUGUAAUAUAAUAAACUCUAAAAAUUGCAUUUUCGAAGACGUACGCAAGUGCGAAGAGAACACCGCUCGAUAAGAGAAUUAUAGCUCUGGAUAUAGGAGUAACUGUUGUCCACGCACUAGCUUCGCUUCCAAGCAAUCUGUUACGUGUGUUUUAAUAUUUCGUCGUCUAAAAAUAUGUUAGUCCUGAACUAUGCAUGAUUUCUGGAUGACAUGUUAUCACAAACUGUCAAGACACGACAGAAAAGCGGCAUGAAAUGUUCUCAAAUCAGUUUGCAUCGCAUCCCAUUGUUACCUCAGGCGAGAUCUGUUUACUUGCCGGAAUAAAGACGCGUUG